AUGCUCCCAGACCUGCAAGCGCUUCGGUUCCUGGACGAGCGCCCAGUUAAAGAACAGGACCACGAAGCAGCAAUCGCCUGGUUCAGAGGUGGUUGGGAAGAGGAGCAAAAGGUUGUCAAAGCUCACCGCGAGCGCGAACAAGAAAUCCUACGAGGCCACGUUUCGACACUGAGGCGGCUGCAGGAAGAGCACCGACAGAAAGUCAAGCUGGCUCUGGACAGAAUAGCUAGAGAGAACGCUGAACGGGAAGCCAAAGGCACCUUCCAGAAUUCAAGUGAGCGUGAACUUGAGGCCAAGACGCUCUGUCAGAAAGUUACCAAGGCAUGGCUAGCAGGCUCGGGAAGCUUGCAGGCUUGUGGCACGCAGGAGCAGAGCACAGAUGCUGCACUGACUAGAGCGCAUGCGACAAGCUGCCAUGUGGAAACUUGUGGGCCUUCUGAGGCCGCAUUUUUCAGAGCGAAGAAUACAGAACCCGCCGCUACAAAAGCUGGCGCUCCCCAGCUUUCUUAG